AGUCAGGUAGAGGUAGGAACUGCACUGAGAAACUCCAGGCAGAUCUGCUGGGGAAUCACUGCAGGCUGGUUAGGUAGAGUCCUGGUUUUCUGCUCAAGAGGUGGACACAAUACCUUUUUUUAUUUUUACGUGGUGCUGAGGAUCGAACCUACUUCCCCAUUCACACUAGAUCCUUACUGGAAGGCAUCAUGUCUGAUUUUCCCAUGAGAAAAAAGUCACCCACAGGAAAUGAUGUGAAGAGCACCACUGGGGGGACCACACCGAGGCAGCAGGGCUUUCAUGAGAUGAACAAAAGAAGGACUUUCUUACAGGACAGCAGCUGGAUAAAGAAACGUCUGGAAGAAGAAAAAGAUGAAAACUAUGGCAGGGUGGUGCUCAACCGACACAACUCCCAUGAUGCCUUGGACAGGAAAAUAAAUGAGAGAGAUGGGCCAAAAGCCACAAUUAGUCGGUACAGAUCCGAUGACACUUUGGACAGGAUCUCAGACAGAGAUGAUGCUGCUAAAACAUAUAAGGCCAAUACCUUGGAUAACCAACUAACCAAUAGAAGCUUGUCUCCAUUUAGAUCAUCAGGAACAAACACAUUGCCACAUGGUGGUUUACUGAGUGCAAGCAGGACCUACACCUCAUCUUCUACCCCUGCUACUACUCCUGUGAAGAAAAAGAGACAGUCCUGGUUUCCACCACCCCCUCCUGGUUAUAGUGCCACCCCAAGCACAGAAGCCAGCAAAAGGGACCCAACUGUUCACCCUCCGAUACCUCCAAAGCCCAGAUCUCCUGUUCCUUCUCCUAACCAGCUGAGACCAGAUAAUAGGCAGAUAUGUCCACCUAAACCAGGUGUCUAUACGGAAACCAGCAGAUCUGUUGAAAGAAAUAUAAGGAGUCAGGAUCAUCGCGAUAACAUCGACAAGGUGGCCACAUCAAUGGGGAAAACUGACAAGGGUGAAGAAUUGGAUAAUAUCAUCAAAAUGAACAAAAGCUUGAAUAGGAAUCAAGGUCUUGAUGGUCUCUUCAGAGCAACCCCAAAGGCUGAGCAAACAGAGAAAAGAGCCAAAAGUCUUGAGAGUCUCAUCUAUGUGAAUACUUUGAUGGACAAAGGUGGCAAAGGAAACCAAAGUCUUGACAGUUUCAUUAAAGAAAAUCCCAGAGCAGUCAAGAAUGACAAAGGAAGCCGAGAUCUUCAAUCUAUUAUCAAAUCAAAUGCCAAGACAGAGAAAACCAGCAAAGGAGAUGAAGAUUUCGAGAAUAUAAUCAAAGUCAAUCCCAAAGGAAAGGAAAAUGUAUCUGGAAAACAAGACUUCAAUGGGCUUAUUAAAGUGAAUCCUGAAACAAAUAAAAACAUCAAGAGGGGCCAGAGUCUUGAAAAUCUGAUCAAAGUGACCCCUGAAGCAAACAGAAGGAACCAAAAUUCCAAAGACCUUAAUAACCUCGUCAGAGUAAGUCCAUCAACAGGAAGAGGCAUGCAAGGGGGCCAAAGUCUUGACAACCUCAUCCAAGUGGCUCCUGAAACAAACAGGAUCAAAUCAGGGAACCAAGAUCUGGACAAUCUUAUCAAAGUGACCCCCUCAGCAAACAAAAGAAAUCAAGAUCUUGAUAAGCUCAUCAAAGUGAAUCCCGAAAUUCUCACAAACAACCAAAGAAACCAAGAUCUGGAUAACUUCAUCAAAGUGAAUCCUGUAGUAAUCAGAAACAAUCAGAGCCAAGACCUGGAUCAUCUUAUUAAUGUGAAACCUUCAGCUCUGGAGAACUCUAAUCGAGACCAGGACCAAGAAAAUUUAAUUGAAGAAAAUUCUCAUGUGUCUGAAAAAAAGAAUGGAAGGCUAGGUGGCCAAGUCAAUGGAUUCACCAAAACUUUGCACAAUGAGUCUACGAGAAGCACUUCCUAUUCCUAUGAAACCAAGGACAGCUUCAGUUCCAAUGCUGAUACCAGGCACACAAGACCAAAGGACACUGUUGUGUACACAAGGACCUACGUGGAAAACAGUAAAUCACCAAAAGAUGGAUAUCAGGAGAAUACUUCUGGAAAAUAUAUACAAACUGUUUAUUCAACUUCAGAUCGGUCAGUCAUCGAAAGAGAUAUGUGUACUUAUUGUCGCAAACCCUUGGGUUUACAAACGAAAAUGAUUUUAGAUGAAUUACAGAUUUGCUGCCAUUCCACUUGCUUUAAGUGUGAAAUAUGCAAACAGCCUUUGGAAAAUCUACAAGCAGGUGACAGUAUUUGGAUUUAUAGACAGACAAUACACUGUGAACCUUGCUACUCCAAGGUCCUGGCAAAAUGGAUUCAGUGAUGAUGGCACAUGGAAAUCAAGAUGAAAAACAUUAAGAAAUUAAAAGUUACGAGUUUUAUUUUGAGAGUAUGUAAUCUAGAAAAGCUUUUACACUGAAGAUUAAUUCUUGUAUAAAAUCAACAAGUCUGCUAUUGCAUAAAUAAUCUAAUUCCCCUCAGUAAGGUCAAAUACAUAAAACCUUGUAUCUGGUUAGAUUUAGUGAUUAAAAAAAUUGGGGGGCUGAGGUUGUGACUCAGUCAUAGAACACUUGCCUAGCAUGUGUGAGGCACUGAGUUCGAUCCACAGCACCACAUAAAAAUAUAUAAAUAAAAUAAAGGUAUUGUGUCCAUCUAGAACUUAUAUAUAUAUAUUUAAUUCGGGUGGUUUUAGUAACCAAUGUCAAAAGUCCAUCCCUGCUUUAUAUGUUCACUGUGCAUUAUGGUUUUGAUUGUUACCAAAUUUCUCAUUUAUUCACUUUUAUUCCACUGAGAAUUUGGAUUCACAGUCAUUAUUGAAAUCUUGACAAAUAUACUACAGAAAGUAACAUAUGCUUUUUUAAUCUGCAAAAGAAAUGCUGAUAGAAAUUUUCUUAUAAAGUUUUGCACAAAGAUGUCAACAUAAAAGGUUGUAUGGACCUUAGAAAAUCACUUAAACUUUCUAGAUCUCUGUGACAUUAUUUGUAAAAUGAAGGGCAUAGGACAAAAUGACUUCUAAGGUCCCUUUUUGCUACUCUGGUUCUCUGAUUCUAGAAUUUGGGUUUGCUUGUUAGAAAUAUGUCAGUAUGUGUGUUUGUUAAGUUGAUUGAACUACAUGGGACAUAUGAGCAAUUUGACCUUAAUAUCAUCCUUCAAUUUUUCAGAAGAAUAGUUUUCAUAGACUAUUUUUUAAAAGGAAAUAGAUUUAUAGAUAAUAGGUAAAAUCAUAUAACAUGUAUAAUUAACAUGCUAUAAUUUGUUAAAUUUUCUUUGCAUGCAUUUCAAAGUCUGGGUGUACAAAUAAUCUAUGAGAAGUAAUUGUUAUGGAUUACAAACACAUUCUACAUACAUACCUAUUGUGUAGCACUUUGUAUUUACAGAAAGCUUAUAAAAAUAAAAUGAACUAUCAAGUAUGCAGAA